AAGAACGCAUCUUCCGUGCCUCUUGACGAGUUGCAAUUUCUUUCAUUACAUUUUCUUACUUGAUGAUCAACAAAAUCGCUUCUGUGGAGUUUUCAGGCUGCCAAGUAAAACCUUGAGUCUCACUGUGACGAUCGGCAAAUAUAAUCUCCCAUUCUCCCAACAAGAGCAGAUGCUUCGCAUUCAAGAUGCUAGACGGCGACCUGCUGUGCUAGAGGAGAAUGGGGAGAAAGAAGCUUGGUGAUUGCAGUUCACAUGCACGUCGAGGAGCAAAGGAAUCAAGGAAAGAUCCCAACAAGUUGAUCGGGACAAGCUUCUUUAUGUUUCUGGCGGCAGAGCUACGUAGUACCAACUUAUUGGAUCGUGAACCAAUAAAAGAGGCAGCAUAUCUACGAAAAAGAGCAUGUCCGACAUAGCGCCGUCGCCGAGCUCGUCACCGUCGAGCGGAGGAAAUGGAGGUGGCAACAAUUCCACGGCGCCUGCACCCCGCGGUUCAUCAAGCUCAAGCUCACCCCCUAAACCGAGGAAUGGCUGGCCUAGUAGCAGCCCACCUCCAACUCCAAGCUCAGACUCAGAGGGCUCAAGAUCAACGCCACCAUCAGAUUGGCAAGAUCCGUCGUCCUCCUCCUCUAGCCCUCCGCCAUCACGAUCGUCACCUCCACCGCCGUCCUCGCAGCCGCCACCAAGCCCACCACCUUCGCCAUCUUCUUGGAGCGGUGGCGGCAACUCGACGUCCUCGUCACCGCCAACUCCACCUUCUCAACCCUCACCACCACCCUCGGGCAGAUCGUCGUCGCCUCCGCAACGGUCGUCAGAAGGCUCCUCACCUUCGCCUCAGUCUUCGUCCUCUAACCAGGCCCCUCCCGCACCGUCAGGCUGGUCGCCUUCGCCGUCGAGAGAAUCUCCUCCUCAGUCGUCAUCUCAAUCUCCGCCACCUCAGAGCGAUGUUGACCAGCCAAACUCCCAGCCUUCGAAUACUCCACAAAGUCCACCACCACCACCAUCUCCUCCGUCGUCGUCGCCGCCCGCGCCGCCGACGAACCAAUCGGUAGUCAUAAUCCCCGUCCCCGUGCCGUCUAAUAAUAGCCCGCCGGGAGCGCUGCCGCCGCCCGGGCUCGUGCCCACCGCGCCUGGCGCCACCGUGAUGUCGAGUACCAGCGUCCCGGGUUCUGCUGCGUCGUCGUCAUCCCAAGAAGCCAGUACCGGCGCGUCCAACGGCGGUGGUGGGAGCACAUCAACAAGAGUAGUAGGCAGUAGCCAUGUUGCCGCGGCCAUUGCCGGUGCGGCGAUCACGGGCUUGAUGUUUGCUCUGCUGGCUGUUUUCCUGGUGUCUAAGAGGAGGAAGAAGAAAACUGGUGGGCUAGUUUAUCACAACGAUGGCAGCAACUAUAACAUGGCGUCAGGUCAGUUCAUGGGCUCGAACAACCCGUCGUACACGCAGCCGGCGGCGGGCGAGUCGGCGGACAUGGGCGGGGGAGGAGGGUACUACCACUACCAGAACCAGUCAGGCAGCAUGGAUGCGGCGGCGGCGCCGGGGUCCAUGGCGUCGUUCAGCUACGAGGAGCUGACGAGCAUCACCAGCAACUUCUCCCGCGACAACGUGAUCGGCGAGGGCGGGUUCGGGUGCGUGUACAAGGGGUGGCUGGGCGACGGCAAGUGCGUGGCCGUGAAGCAGCUGAAGGCCGGCAGCGGGCAGGGCGAGCGCGAGUUCCAGGCGGAGGUGGAGAUCAUCAGCCGCGUGCACCACCGCCACCUCGUCUCCCUCGUCGGCUACUGCGUGGCGCAGCACCACCGCAUGCUCAUCUACGAGUUCGUGCCCAACGGCACCCUGGAGCACCAUCUCCACGGUCGUGGCAUGCCGGUGAUGGACUGGCCGACGAGGCUCAAGAUCGCCAUCGGCGCCGCGAAGGGACUGGCGUACCUGCAUGAAGACUGUCACCCGAGGAUCAUCCACAGGGAUAUAAAGUCCGCCAACAUCCUGCUUGACUAUUCGUUCCAAGCACAGGUUGCAGAUUUCGGCCUGGCCAAGCUCACCAACGACACGAACACGCAUGUCUCCACUCGCAUCAUGGGGACGUUUGGGUACCUUGCGCCCGAGUACGCGUCGAGCGGGAAGCUGACGGACCGGUCCGACGUGUUCUCCUUCGGCGUCGUGCUGCUGGAGCUCAUCACGGGACGGAAGCCGGUGGACCAAGCGCGCCAAGGGGAGGAGAGCCUCGUCGAGUGGGUGCGUACGUCGACGAUCGACGCUAGCGCACGCGGCCUGUCGUCGGUUUCACUGACGUACGCUAGCCCUGUCGCGCUGCCAGGCGCGGCCCGUCCUCGUGGACGCCAUCGAGACGGGCGACCUCGGCGCGGUGGUCGACCCCCGGCUGGUGGACGGCGGCGCCGCCUACGACAGGGGCCAGAUGAUGGUGAUGGUGGAGGCCGCGUCCGCCUGCGUCCGCCACUCGGCUCCCAAGCGCCCGCGGAUGGUGCAGGUGAUGAGGGCACUGGACGACGAAGGAGGCAUGUCCGACCUAAGCAAUGGGGUGAAGGUGGGGCAGAGCCGGAAUUUCGACUCCGGCCACCAGCAAGCGGCCGCCAUCCAGCAGCUCCGUGCCACCGCCUUCGCCUCCGAGGAGUACACCGGGGAGUUCGAGCAGUCGUCCGGCAUGGAUUACCUUAAAUCAGGAGUACCUUAAAUCAGGAGUGAAACCAUGGUGAUUAGUUCUGCAUGCUUUGGCUACCCAAGCUGGUGAGAUAUAGACGAUUAUUGAAAGCAGUUGGGCAUGCUUUGGCUACACAAGCUGGUGACACAGACGAUUACACAUGGUGAUUAUAACCGCGGCAGUUCUGCAUGUUUUGGCUACACAAGCUGGAGACAGACGUUUACUUUGAAAGGAAAAAAACAGCUUUAACAUUUUAUCGCAUGCGAUGCAAAGAGAGAAUAUUUUUAUAUUUUUUUCUUUUGCCAAGAUAAGAUAGCAACAUUUGAUAUUUUUUCGUUUCAUUUAAAGGAUAAAAUUGUGGAUUCUGCAAUUUUUCUGUACAUGCCAUUUUGAUCAGCUUGGCUAACGUCUGAAACAAAAACUCACCAAAGCAACUCGAAUAACCAGUAGCAAAGCUCCAGGCCCCAACGUGAGGCCUGUAAACAGCUGCAAUGGCCUGAAUAUGGAUCACUUACACAGGAUUUGAAAAUUCACUGUGACAUGUAUCCCCGAAGCCCCAUUUCCAGCUUCAUGGUACAUCUAGUCAUCUAUAAAGAGAAGGAAAAAUGGAUGGGAUGCUGACUGGUGUUAUAGGAGAUUGACAAGAUUGUAAGGCAAAUUCAAAAGAUGGGUAAAAUGUGCUUUUACUAGACCUCUCGUAAACUGCUGCGGUACAGAUAAACUGUACAAUUCAUGAUUACACAUAUCACAGGGCAUGAACCUGCUGCGGACAUAAAACAGCAUGGCAAUUCCUUUUUACACAUAAGCUCAUAUAUUUUGUUCUUCGCAAGUUUGAGCAAAAUAAUACAGCUAUGAACAUAUCGAAUGUGGUGCUGAAAACAUUAGUCAUGUGGAUCUGGAUUGGCAAGCACUGAUCACCAGAAAGGGUUCAAUCUGAUACCGUUCAGGAUGAAUGGAACUAGUGCAAAUAUGCC